UUUGAGACAUUGCAUAAAGCUGGCGCAUGUCAAUAAAACAUAUUCAAUAACAAUAUAAAAACAUGGCUUAGUGAUCGAGAUUUUAGUAAUGGCCAUGUUGCCCUUCCAAGCAGCUGUUUUGUGUGCUUUAGUACAGUAUUCACGGAGCAUUGAUCCGCGAUUCCCCCCCUACUUCAAGUUUGGUGCUGGCACGGCUGCGUAUCAAGUGGAGGGUGGAUGGAAUGCCGACGGUAAAGGUGAAAGUAUGUGGGACACACACCUCCACGAGUAUCCCGGUGACAUCAAAGGGAAUGCGACGGGAGAUGUAGCGGCUGACUCCUAUCAUUUGUGGCGUGAAGACGUGAAAAUUGCAGCUAAAUUAGGACUUCAGUAUUACAAAUUCUCCAUAAAUUGGCCGCGGGUAUUGCCAACGGGUUUCACCAAUAAGAUCAACCCGGCCGGUGUGAAGUACUACAGCGACCUGAUCGACGCUCUCCUCGCUGAGGGCAUUGAACCCAUCGUCACCCUGUACCACUGGGAACUACCUACGACUAUUCUUCGUCUCGGAGCCUGGACGAAUCCCCUCAUAGUGAAAUGGUUCGGAGACUUCUCCAGGGUCAUCUACUCUCUGUACGCUGAUCGAGUCAAGACUUGGGUCACCAUCAACGAGCCGAUCGUCAUGUGCGACUUUUACUACAACACGGGCUUCUACCCCACGAGGCUGAAAGACCCAGACUUGGCGCCUUUCUUGUGCAACCGACACGUUAUGUUGGCACACGCUAAAGCAUACCGGAUUUUUGAACAGGAAUUCAGGCCUAAACACGAAGGUCGAAUUUCAAUCGCAAACAAUUUACUGUGGAUAGAACCCGCUACCCCCGAUGACGAGGAGUUGGCACGGCUUGGGAGAGAACAUCAAUGGGGCAGAUACUGUCAUCCAAUAUUUUCAAAGGAAGGCGGCUGGCCUCUGUCUAUUGAAAAAUUGAUGUUGGAAGUCAGCCUUAAACAAGGAUAUAAGGAAUCCAGACUACCACCGUUCACAGAAGAGGAGAAAGCAUUUGUAAAAGGCACUGCAGAUUUUUUCGGGAUGAAUCACUACACAACGAAUAUGAUCCGAUCAGCCAGGCCGGGGGACAAGCCGGGUAUAUGGUUCACCACCGGGUCUCCAGAGCUGAACGCCAUAUUGGAAAGCCCACCGGAAGCGACCUUCGGUGCGACUCCUAUCCUUCCUGUGUACCCCAAAGGCAUACGCAAGCAGUUGUCCUGGCUCAAGCAACACUACGGCGACAUCGACAUCAUCAUCACAGAGAACGGUUACGCUUCGACUGGACAUCAGUUGAAUGACUUCGAAAGAGCCGAUUUCAUUAAGAAUUAUUUAGAACAGGUAUUGCUGGCGAUCAAGGUAGACAAUGUAAGAGUAACGGGAUACAUUGUCUGGUCUCUCAUUGACAGCUUCGAGUGGUUGGAUGGAUACAAUACAAAAUUUGGCCUGUACGAAGUAGACUACGAUCAUCCGAAUCGCACAAGAACUCCCCGUGUCUCAGCGGAUUACUAUGCUUGUGUCAUCGCCAACCGAUCGCUUGACGUACCAGAUUCUUGUUACAACAAGAAAUCCGUGGCUCGGCGAAAAGGCGAACGAAACGGUGGACAUAUCGAAAAAGACAAAUUUGUUUUACGAGUUAAUGUUAUAGUAUUCAUUCUAAGUUUUGUAUAUAAAACCGGUUAUUGAAUAAUAAUAAAAAAAAUAUAUAUUAUAAA